UGGAGACUGGAGACGGAGCAAGGGCACCCAAACCAUCCGCCUCAUUUACAGACAGAGAGCCUUUUACCCCCCUCGAGAUCACUCGUCGGCACGCUUUCUUCCACGCUCAUACACUCAGACACGGAAACUUGGUGUGAGAUACAGAGCUUGGAUUAUUUUAUCUUGAGGGAUUCGCUUGCUAAAAUAGGUUACGAGGCUCGGAGUGUGGACGUACAACCCCGAGGGUCUCUCUCUCUCUCUCGCUUUUUUUCCAGGCUUUCAAACUCGAGAGAUCCAGCCCUGGAUUCGCUCUCUGGCUCUUCGGACGAGGCUCUUUCUUGCCAGCAGACCACAUCAUCUGCAGACCAGUGGCAUAUUUAGACGAUAACGGAUAAAAAAAGCCAAGGCGAGCCUGCUGGAGAGCCCUUCUCUGUGCAGUCGGAUCAAGGAUUUUGUGGAUUAAUGCUCUUGAAGACACAGCAGCGAGCCUCGGUUUUCAUGGGAUAAUUGUGAAAGCGUUGCGGCUUAAUUAGGCCCCAGUUUGUGUAGUAUCCUCUACAGCUAACACGCAUACGUGUUGUAAUGUUUUAACAAUCUUUAUUUGAUGAAAGUCAGGCUGUAGAGCGUUUUUAAAGGGGUCAGUUCACAGCGCUAGGCUGCACAUCACUCUGUGAGUAAUUGUGCCACAUCCAGGCUACAUGCUGCUGUGUUGUAGCACAUUUCUCCUGCCGCUGUAGACGUAUAAAAGCUGCUAGAUUCAGCACCAGAGGCUAGUUUUAAAUGUCUGGGGCGAUGGUUGUUUUUCCUGAGAGGAAAAGCUGACUGCCCCGUGAACCUCGACAGUUUUUCGGCGCUCAGACCUGCAGGAGAAGGCGACAGAGACUGGCGUAUGCUACAGAUUUCCUCUGCUUUUCCAGCUCCCAGUUUUUCCACCGUCUUUUCUCAGGCUGCUUGUCAUUGCCUGGACUCGGCUCCCGGAAUCUUCAUGAUUUGCGGACACCAUGCUCGUUUUUUAGCCGGGGAAACCUCUUUUCGUCCCGCAUGUUUAGGACCAAACGAUCGGGGCUCGUCCGGCGACUCUGGAGGAGCCGUGCGCCCGUGGAGGGCGACGGGGAGGCGGAUAGAGGGACGCAUGGCUCCGGGGGCUGCUGCAUGGGCAAAACGACAAAGGUGGCCAAGUCCAACGCCGGGUCCGAGGCUGAAUUGAAGGCGUUGACCCACUCGAUACUGAAAAAGAUCAAAGAGAAACAAUUAGAGGUGCUUUUGCAGGCGGUGGAGUCUAAGGGGGGAGCCCGGAGCCCCUGCCUGCUCCUGCCCAGCAAAGUGGACGCCAAAGUGGGUCAACAGUCUUACUCUCUCCCCAUGCUGCUCUAUAAAGUGUUCAGGUGGCCGGACCUCAGGCAUUCCUCGGAGCUCAAGAGGCUGUCUUGCUGUGAAUCCUACGGGAAAGUUAACCCGGAGCUCGUCUGCUGCAACCCGCACCACAUGAGCAGACUGUGUGAACUCGAGUCCCCCCCUCCUCCAUAUUCCCGCUAUCCCAUGGACUAUCUUAAACCACCAGAUUCUCCAGACUCUGGACCGUCAUCCAGUGAAACUGGGGGAACGACAUACUCGGCCCCUGUGGGGCUUUCAGAUUCCUUGGCAUUGCAGGAGUCUGGUGAGCGGGCCCAUUGGUGCGUGGUGGCGUACUGGGAGGAGAAGACACGUGUCGGGCGCCUCUACUCGGUCCAGGAGUCCUCUCUGGACAUCUUCUACGAUCUACCUCAGGGGAACGGCUUCUGCCUGGGCCAGCUCUGCUCGGAAAACAAGUCCCAGCUGGUGCAGAUGGUGCGGGCCAAGAUCGGCUACGGCAUCCAGCUGACGCGUGAGCCGGACGGGGUGUGGGUCUACAACCGCAGCUGCUACCCCAUCUUCAUCAAGUCGGCCACACUGGACAACCCGGACUCGCGCACGCUGCUCGUGCACAAAGUGUUCCCCGGUUUCUCGAUAAAAGCGUUUGACUAUGACAAAGCCGGGAACUUGCAGAGACCUAACGACCACGAGUUCACGCAGCAGCCUCGUACGGGCUUCACGGUGCAGAUAAGCUUUGUGAAAGGCUGGGGACAGUGCUACACUAGACAGUUCAUCAGCAGCUGCCCAUGCUGGUUAGAAGUCAUCUUCAACACCCGAUAGCAGCAGCCUUCCUCUUCUUCACCCUGACCCCUCACACACGGACUACACCCACUUUCCUUUUUUUGUUCCAGAGGUUCAAACAAUUCUACAAGAAGAAGAAAGUAUAAAACUCUGAUGGACUUUGUUUAAUAAAUGACUAAGAUUUAAUUAAAUAAGAAGCGAAAAAUGUAUUUUAUGUUAUAUAUAAAUAUAUUAUUAAUUGUAAAUAUGAAGACGUUUUAUAUGCAUCAUUAUUUAUGUAUUGUGCAAUGUGUUGACGAGAAAAAGAAAAUAAGAUGCACUUUGCUUAAUAUAAAUGCAAAACAAAGA